AUGAAACAAAGCUCAAAGGAGAUACAAGAGAAAGACUGUGCAGAUCUUUACAAAAAAGGUGAAAAAAAGAACGGAGUUUAUCAAAUUGAUCCAGAUGGUCAUGGUUACUUUAAGGUUUUCUGUGAUAUGACGUCAUCUGGUGGAGGUUGGACUGUGUUUCAAAGACGUCAAGAUGGAAGUGUAAACUUCUAUCGAGGUUGGAAAGACUAUAAACAAGGUUUUGGUGAUCUGAAAGGCGAAUUCUGGCUUGGAUUGGAUAAAAUAUACCGACUAACAUCUGCAAGGAGAAAUAAACUUCGUGUUGAUCUUGGAGACACGUCAGGAAACAAAACAUAUGCUGAACAUGAUUAUUUUGCUGUAAAGAAUGAAAAUGAAAAACAUCAAUUGAGUCUUGGAAAAAUAUUCUGUGUGUGUUAUCUUGAACACAAUUAUCGCCAUUUAGGAACUGCUGGGGACUCAUUAUCCGCCCAUAAAAACAAGUCGUUUACGACAAAAGAUUCAGACAACGAUACAGAUGUUGUAGGAAACUGCGCUGUAAAUGCUAAAGGUGCUUGGUGGUAUUAUUAUUGUUAUGAUUCCAACCUAAAUGGGUAUUAUUAUCAUGGCAAUUAUCAACCUUCUGCAUCUUGGUACAAAGGUGUUGUUUGGAAAGAGUGGAAAGGAUUUUCUUAUUCUUUAAAAUUCACUGAAAUGAACUCGUUGGCUCAAGUGGACGAGGAAUCUGAUUUUGAAAAUGAAGAGGAAGCAAUCACCACAAGAGAUUUGCAAGAAGAUUCAAAGUGUACUCUGCAAAAUUAG